CUUCUUCCUCACAUUCUGCGCUCCACCACUCUGCUUCUCAACUUCUCUCUCUCUCUCUCUCUUCUCUUUCUUCUUCUUCUUCUUCUUCUUCUUCUUCUGCAAAUAACAGUAAUAACUGAAGCUUGGGAGAAAGGAAAGGAAAUGGAGAAUAGUGAGAGCAAACAUGGCGGUGGGGCGAAGCCGUCGAGGUUCAAGCGCGUCUGCGUCUUCUGCGGAAGCAGUCCCGGCAAGAACCCGAGCUACCAACUCGCUGCUAUCCAGCUCGGCCACCAGCUCGUGGAGAGGUGCAUUGACUUGGUUUACGGUGGAGGGAGCAUUGGCUUGAUGGGUCUGGUUUCCCAGGUCGUCUUCGACGGCGGUCGCCACGUGCUGGGAGUGAUUCCCAGGACUCUGAUGCCACGGGAGAUAACAGGAGAGACGAUUGGAGAAGUGAGACCGGUGUGCGGGAUGCACCAACGCAAGGCAGAGAUGGCGCGCCAUGCCGACGCAUUCAUCGCCUUGCCAGGUGGAUAUGGCACUUUGGAGGAGCUCCUGGAGGUCAUCACAUGGGCUCAGCUGGGCAUUCAUGAUAAGCCGGUGGGAUUGUUGAAUGUGGAAGGGUACUACAACUCGCUGCUGUCAUUUUUAGACAAGGCUGUGGAUGAAGGCUUCGUUUCUCCUUCGGCUCGCCAUAUUAUCGUCUCUGCCCCGACUCCUCAUGAACUCAUGUCUAAGCUUGAAGAGUACGUACCCGAGCAUUCGGGAGUGGCCUCUAAACAAUGCUGGGAGAAGGAGCAACAAGCGGGAUACUAUUGCACCAAGUCCGAUAUUGUUCGUUGACCCAAAUCUGACGAAUUCCAGAAACAUAUAUAUUAGUGGAUAUGGUAGAGAAAGCAGGGAGAUCUUGGUAAAUUUUCUUCCAGCGGUAGAUACAACAGCUAAGCACCUUUGGUUCAAGAAUGGCAAAAAUCAAUAUAUAAAUCAAGGGCAUGCGAGCUCAUUGGGGAUGUAGAUCCAUUCUUGUUUUGUACUCUGUCCUUUCUUAUUUCUAGUGUUCAUUUGGUGCUUAUCUGUAGGAA